UGUGGUGGUGGUGGUGGCGGCGGCAGCGGCGGCAGCCUCAGCUCCUGCUCCCCGAGCCGCCGGCCCCAGCGCUGUCUCCCGGGCCCCCUAGGGCCCCCGGGCCCUCAAGCCCGGUGCGCGCCCUCGCGUCCCGCCGGCCCCCUCCCCCGGCUGGGCCCGGGGGAGGGUGGCGCCGUGAGAGAGCGGGGACCGGGCUCUCCUGCCCGUUCCCCUGCCCGUGGGCCGCCAGGAUGGAGGCGGGGUCGGGGCCCCCGGGCGGCCCGGGAUCCGAGAGCCCAAAUCGGGCCGUGGAGUACCUGCUGGAGCUGAACAACAUUAUCGAGAGCCAGCAGCAGCUGCUGGAGACCCAGCGGCGGCGCAUCGAGGAGCUGGAGGGCCAGCUGGACCAGCUCACCCAGGAGAACCGCGACCUGCGAGAGGAGAGCCAGCUGCACCGCGGGGAGCUGCACCGGGACCCCCACGGCGCGCGGGAUAGCCCGGGCCGCGAGAGCCAGUACCAGAACCUGCGCGAGACCCAGUUCCACCACCGCGAGCUGCGGGAGAGCCAGUUCCACCAGGCGGCCCGGGACGUGGGCUACCCGAACCGCGAAGGCGCCUACCAGAAUCGGGAGGCUGUGUAUCGGGACAAGGAGCGGGACGCCUCCUACCCGCUCCAGGACACUACCGGUUACACAGCCCGCGAGCGUGACGUGGCCCAGUGCCACCUGCACCACGAGAACCCAGCCCUGGGUCGCGAGCGUGGCGGGCGGGAGGCCGGGUCGGCGCACCCGGGCCGCGAGAAGGAAGCGGGCUAUUCGGCGGCGGUGGGCGUGGGGCCGCGGCCACCGCGGGAGCGGGGCCAGCUGAGCCGUGGCGCAUCCAGGAGCUCCAGUCCCGGCGCCGGCGGAGGCCACAGCACUAGUACCAGCACCAGCCCGGCCACGACCCUCCAGAGAAAAUCUGAUGGUGAGAAUUCCAGAACAGUCAGUGUGGAGGGUGAUGCCCCAGGCAGUGACCUGAGCACAGCGGUUGAUAGUCCUGGGAGCCAACCCCCCUACCGGCUGAGCCAGCUGCCCCCCUCCAGCAGCCACAUGGGGGGCCCCCCUGCUGGAGUGGGCCUUCCCUGGGCUCAACGGGCACGCCUCCAGCCAGCCAGUGUCGCCCUGAGGAAGCAGGAGGAGGAGGAGAUAAAGCGCUCCAAGGCCCUAUCGGACAGCUAUGAACUCUCCACAGACCUGCAGGACAAGAAGGUGGAAAUGCUGGAGAGGAAGUAUGGGGGCUCCUUCCUGAGCCGCAGAGCUGCCAGGACCAUCCAGACAGCCUUCCGCCAGUACCGCAUGAACAAGAACUUUGAGCGGCUACGCAGCUCAGCCUCAGAGAGCCGCAUGUCCCGCCGCAUCAUCCUUUCCAACAUGCGGAUGCAGUUCUCCUUUGAGGAGUAUGAGAAGGCACAGAACCCCGCGUACUUCGAGGGCAAGCCUGCCUCGCUGGACGAGGGUGCCAUGGCUGGUGCCCGGAGCCACCGGCUUGAACGGGGGCUCCCAUAUGGGGGCUCCUGUGGUGGGGGCAUCGAUGGUGGUGGAAGCUCCGUCACCACAUCUGGGGAGUUUUCUAAUGACAUCACAGAACUAGAGGACUCCUUCUCCAAACAGGUAAAGUCUCUGGCUGAAUCCAUCGACGAAGCCCUGAACUGCCACCCGUCAGGGCCCAUGUCUGAGGAGCCAGGUUCAGCCCAGCUGGAGAAGCGGGAGUCAAAGGAACAGCAAGAGGACAGCUCGGCCACAUCCUUCAGUGACCUUCCCCUCUACCUGGAUGACACAGUUCCCCAACAAUCCCCUGAGCGACUGCCCAGCACAGAACCCCCACCCCAGGGCCGGCCCGAGUUCUGGGCGCCAGCCCCUCUCCCGCCAGUUCCUCCACCAGUGCCAUCAGGAACCCGGGAAGACGGUAGCCGUGAGGAAGGCACUCGCAGGGGUCCCGGGUGCUUGGAGUGCCGGGAUUUCCGGCUGCGGGCCGCCCACCUUCCCCUGCUUACCAUUGAGCCUCCUAGUGACAGCUCCGUGGACCUGAGUGACCGCUCAGAUCGCGGCUCUGUCCACCGCCAGCUGGUGUAUGAGGCUGAUGGCUGCAGCCCCCAUGGGACCCUGAAGCACAAGGGGCCACCAGGCAGGGCCCCGAUCCCACACCGCCACUACCCAGCCCCUGAGGGCCCAGCCCCAGCCCCACCAGGGCCCCUGCCACCAGCCCCCAACAGUGGCACUGGGCCCAGUGGUGUGGCUGGGGGUCGGAGGUUGGGGAAGUGCGAGGCAGCAGGCGAGAACUCUGAUGGUGGAGAUAAUGAGAGCCUCGAGAGCUCCAGCAAUUCCAAUGAGACCAUCAACUGCAGCUCCGGCUCCUCUUCUCGGGACAGUCUAAGGGAGCCUCCGGCCACCGGCCUGUGCAAGCAGACUUACCAGCGGGAGACAAGGCACAGCUGGGACUCGCCAGCUUUCAACAAUGAUGUGGUCCAGAGGCGGCACUACCGAAUCGGCCUCAACCUUUUCAACAAGAAGCCAGAGAAGGGUAUCCAGUAUCUGAUCGAGCGGGGCUUCCUGUCAGACACACCGGUGGGAGUGGCUCACUUCAUCCUGGAGCGGAAAGGCCUCAGCCGGCAGAUGAUAGGGGAAUUCCUAGGGAACCGGCAGAAGCAGUUCAACAGAGACGUGUUGGACUGUGUGGUGGAUGAGAUGGACUUCUCCUCAAUGGAUCUGGAUGAUGCACUCCGGAAGUUCCAGUCCCAUAUCCGGGUUCAGGGUGAGGCCCAGAAAGUGGAGCGACUCAUCGAAGCCUUCAGCCAGCGGUACUGUGUCUGUAACCCAGCCCUUGUGCGCCAGUUCCGGAACCCAGACACCAUCUUCAUCCUUGCUUUUGCCAUCAUCCUCCUCAAUACCGACAUGUACAGUCCCAGCGUCAAGGCUGAACGAAAGAUGAAACUAGAUGACUUCAUCAAGAACCUGAGAGGGGUUGACAAUGGUGAAGACAUUCCCCGAGACCUCCUGGUGGGCAUCUACCAGCGCAUCCAGGGGCGUGAACUGCGGACCAACGAUGACCAUGUGUCCCAGGUGCAGGCUGUGGAGCGCAUGAUUGUUGGAAAGAAACCAGUCCUGUCUCUCCCUCACCGUCGACUGGUUUGCUGCUGCCAGCUCUACGAGGUGCCAGAUCCAAACCGCCCCCAGAGGCUAGGGUUGCAUCAGCGAGAGGUCUUCCUCUUCAAUGAUCUCCUUGUGGUCACCAAAAUUUUCCAGAAGAAGAAGAUCUUGGUGACGUACAGUUUCCGUCAGUCUUUCCCCCUCGUGGAAAUGCACAUGCAGCUCUUCCAGAAUUCAUAUUACCAGUUUGGGAUCAAGUUGCUGUCUGCAGUACCUGGUGGGGAGCGAAAAGUCCUCAUCAUCUUCAAUGCCCCCAGCCUCCAGGACCGGCUGCGCUUUACAUCCGACCUGCGCGAAUCCAUUGCGGAGGUGCAGGAGAUGGAGAAAUACCGUGUGGAGUCGGAGCUGGAGAAGCAGAAAGGUAUGAUGCGGCCUAACGCCUCACAGCCUGGAGGGGCCAAGGACUCAGUGAAUGGGACGAUGGCCCGCAGUAGCCUGGAGGACACUUACGGGGCAGGCGAUGGGCUCAAACGGGGCGCACUCAGCAGUUCCCUGCGAGACCUCUCUGAUGCAGGGAAGCGGGGGCGGCGUAACAGCGUGGGAUCGCUGGACAGCACCAUCGAAGGGUCUGUUAUUAGCAGUCCACGCCCUCACCAGAGGAUGCCACCUCCGCCCCCACCCCCGCCGCCAGAGGAGUACAAGAGCCAGAGGCCCGUCUCCAACUCCUCAUCCUUCCUGGGCUCCCUAUUUGGAAGCAAGCGGGGCAAGGGGCCCUUCCAGAUGCCACCACCGCCAACAGGCCAGGCCUCUGCCUCCUCUUCAUCUGCUUCUUCCACGCACCACCACCACCACCACCAUCACCACGGCCAUAGCCACGGUGGCCUGGGGGUGCUGCCUGAUGGGCAGUCCAAGCUCCAGGCCCUGCAUGCCCAGUAUUGCCAAGGACCAGGCCCUGCCCCGCCACCCUACCUCCCACCCCAGCAGCCCUCUCUUCCCCCACCUCCCCAGCAGCCCCCACCCUUGCCCCAGCUAGGCUCCAUUCCACCGCCUCCCGCCUCAGCCCCACCUGUGGGGCCACAUCGCCACUUCCACGCCCAUGGCCCAGUCCCAGGGCCCCAACACUAUACCUUGGGCCGGCCAGGCAGGGCACCCAGACGGGGAGCUGGAGGACACCCUCAGUUUGCUCCACAUGGCCGCCACCCCCUGCACCAGCCCACAUCCCCACUGCCCCUGUACAGUCCUGCUCCCCAGCACCCUCCAGCCCACAAACAGGGCCCUAAGCACUUCAUCUUCAGCCACCACCCACAGAUGAUGCCAGCAGCAGGCGCGGCUGGGGGCCCUGGAUCCCGGCCACCAGGGGGCUCCUACUCCCACCCCCACCACCCCCAGUCACCAUUGUCACCGCACUCACCCAUCCCGCCCCACCCCUCCUACCCACCCCUUCCCCCACCCUCCCCCCACACCCCGCACUCACCCCUUCCGCCCACCUCCCCCCAUGGCCCGCUGCACGCCUCUGGGCCCCCUGGCACAGCCAACCCCCCCAGUGCAAACCCCAAGGCCAAGCCAAGCCGGAUCAGCACCGUGGUCUGAUGAAUGGAGAGAGUGAGCUGGGGAACAGGAAAGUCUGGGGAACCACAGGAGAGGGACCUUACACCCUCUUUGCUUCCUCGGUUUUUUCAAAAAUAUAUAUACACAUAGCAAUGUCCUCCUCCCCAUGUCCUCCCUGCCUUGGGACCCGUCCCCUCACCCCCAGCAGUUGCCAUGGGGUUUCCUUCCAGAUUCGAGGAUCCUUGCCACUUGAAGCCUGGACUCAGGGUGCUCCAGCGCUGGGGAGUGGUGAGGGCCUUCCAGAGAUCCUCGUUCUCUUUCUCCUGUCUUCUUCUUCCCCACUUUUCCCUGGAGGUCUAGCUCUGUGGCCUCAGACCUCUGGGCCUGUGUGAGCUCCCUGUCAGCUCUGGCUGGCGGAGAAGGGCAGGUGUCCAAAGCUGUCGAGGUGAAGGCUUCCUCGGGGCUCCUCUGGCCGUGUGGGGCUAGGAGAGUGCUCUGUAGAGUUGUGGUCAAACCUCAGCUGGCUUGGCCCUCUCUCUGACCUCAGGGCCUGGCCACACACUUCCAUGUGUCUUUUUGCCUGCUGGAGGACACGGACUGUCGAUGCACUCGGUGGGUGGGACCCUGCUUAUGUUGGCCCCACGUGGGGCAGUGCUUCCUCUCUCGAGCCAGUCUAUGCCCUUUCUCCAGUAGGCCCCAGCCCAGACCUCUUCGGCUUCAGGAACUUGCCUCGCCCUGCAACGUUCUUAUCCUGAUCAAAGUCCAGACAGGUUUUGGGGGGGCUCAGGUCUGGGAUGAGAAGGGCACUGCCCUCCCUCACCCAUAUUGCAUGCCCCCCCCCCAUUCCCUUACACCUACCCCACCUACAACUGAAGACAAUGCACUUUACAGAUAUCGCCCACACACACCGCGCUGGGGCAGGGCACCCAGCAUCAGCCCUGGGGAGAGAGGCUCCCAAAGGGCCACCAUGAGCCCAAGAUGUCCUUCCUGAGGCAGAGAUUGAAGCCAUCAGAGCUGGGGUUGGGAGCCAGAAUGCCUGAGUCCUUCUGUCCAUCAGAAUCUCCGCUGCCUCUCCAGCCCUUUUGCAGCCCUGUUUAUUUAUUAUAAAUAUAUUUUUUACAAGCCCCAGCUCCUCUUCUUGCCCCGCAUAUCCAGCUCCUCGCUCAGCUCCUGUCUCCCUCUCCCCUCUCCACCAUGGGCUACAGUUACAGACAGACAGAGGGACCCUGGCUGUACGAAGGGCCAGGGCCACUGGGGCUUGGGGGCGGGGGAGGGUGACAGUGGAAGGGGCUGUAUGGAGAGGAGCUGGGGUUCAGGCAUUGUCUUUUUUCCUCCUUGUAUAUAAGAAUGUAUAUUUGAUGCCUCAUAAAAGACCUUGUGCUCAC